AUGGCCAAGGCUCAUUCGGAAGUCGUACGGGUGACACCAGCGGCUCUCACGUCUAGACUCCAGCGCCUUACCGGUGCAGGGAAGGCCGCCAAGACGCAUACUUACUUUCUGCUCGCCGGUCCCAUCGGCUCGUACGUCAUCACAUCUGCACGAUUUCCUGAGCCUGUACAGGAGGCAUACCUGCGGCUCCUUCAGGCAUGUGGCGACUUGUGGCAGAAGGUGUUAGAAGGGGGUGAGGUGGACGCCCUUGAGCAGCGCGUGGUGGAGGCUGUAUGCCUAGUCGAGCUUCGUCUGUCCGUGAAUGAGAUGGACAUAAAGCUGCACAACCUAUUGCACCUGGUGGAUUCCAUAAAGAACAUCGCGGGGCAACACGCGCAUGACGCAUAAACCUAUCCAAAGAACUUCGAACGACUCUCAGACUCUCAUGUGGCGACAUCUAUAGAGGUAGCUACCUCCUGAACCCGGGAAAAUCCCUGCAGGUUAAGCUGACUAGUUUCCCCCUACACCAAGCACUAUCCCUUCUGAGCUCUCAAGGCCACACUACUGGGCUAAAAGACUCGACCGAACCAACCCCGUCCCGGCCCGCCGGCUGUCCAGUCGCCCCUCAGCGGCCGUUUGCCACAAGCCUGCAGCUGGCAGAGCCUGGCGCGGAGGUGUCUGCGAUUGACCGGCGAAGAAGGGAAAGGGAAACUUGUCAAUCCACGAUUGAUUUCUUUUCAGAACUAGCCAGAGACACAAUGGAUUUCAAGCUAAAUUGCGUUCCCCAAUCCACUUCGAACU